AUGUCCACUGAGCUUAAUUUGAAACUUACUGUGCUACUGGUUCUAUGCGCCCAGCGACUUUACUGCAGGUUAGAAAUAACCUUAAAAGAGUCUGGAACAUGGAGAGAGCAUGGCCAUUUCAAAAAAACCGCUGGGGGAACUAUUGAGAUCACGUGUACAGACGGACCAGCCGUGCAGUUAUUCACAUCAGGAAAUGGCACUGCUACACCAACAAACUACAACCAAACGAAAGUCUUCUAUCGAGACAAAACCGACAUUUUGUUCGUAAAGGGGCAAAAAAGGCCCACUCAUCUAAUGGUCCAAGGGCUGGAAGGGGCCGCAGUUACUUUUGAAAUUAGCGGACGACAUGGGUUGAAAGACCCAUGUCAGCGAAGCCCGUGCAAGACAGCCAACAAAACUUGUCAACACUUGCCGGGAUUCCGACACAAAUGUGUAGAACCAAGUAAAGAGAUAUUGUCAACAUCAACACCGAGCGUCAUUUCAGAUGAAGAAAUACCAAAUUUUGAUGAUACUUUUGCCAGUAGUUUUGGCGAAAAUGGUUUGGGUAGCGAUUUUGGCAAUAGUGCAGGGGAUUUGGGUGGUGGCAUUUAUACCGGAUUUGGUGGUGGAAUUAAUACCGGAUACAACAAUUAUGGUGGCGGAUAUAACAAUUUUGGGGGUAUGGGUGAAAAUUUUGGUAACGAUAUGCCUGGUGGGAUGCCGAGUUAUAACGGUUUUAACGGUGGAUUUGCUGGUGGAAUGAGUAAUGGUGUUAGUGGCAGUAUGGGUGGGGGUAUAGGCAGCGGUGUAGCUAGUGUUGAUGGUGGUGGUAUUGGUGGUGGUGGUAUUGGCGGUGGUGGCAUUGGUGGUGGUGGUAUUGGUAUGGGAGGUUUUGGUGGUGAUAUGGGAGGUUUUGGGGGUGGUAUGUCCGGUAUGGCUGGCCCUGUUAGAGGUAUGGGCAAUUAUAUUGGAGGUGAUAUAAGCAGAGGUUACGAAAAUAAUGGGGGAAAUUUCGGAAAUGUUAUGAACGCGGGAAUGGGAGGUAGUAGAGGUAGCGGCUUUGGCGGUAUAGGUAGUAGUAUGGGUAGUAAUAUGGGAGGUAAUGUGGGUGGCCCUAUGGGUGGCCCUAUGCGUAAUUCCAUGGGUGAUUAUAUGGGCAGUCCUUUGAGUGGAAAUAUGGGGAGUAAUCUGGGUGGGCCUGUGAAAGGCGGUAUGGGUGGCGUUAUGAAUAGUAAUAUCGGCAAUAGUAUGGGCGUUAUUGGAAGCGGUAUGCCUGGUGGUUUUGGUGGUGGUAUGAAUGAUUAUGUAGGAGGCAGUUUUAGCAAUAACAUGGGUAGAAUUGGUGGCAAUAUGAACUGUGGUAUUGGUGGAAACUUUGGAAGUGGUAUAACCAGUAGUGCGGGAGGUAUUGGUGGAAACAUAGGUGGGGGUAUUGGAGGUGGUAUGGGGAGUGGUAUGGGGAGUAUUAAUAGAAACAUAGGUGGGGGUAUUGGAGGUGGUAUGGGGAGCAUUGGUGGAAACAUAGGUGGGGGUAUUGGAGGUGGUAUGGGGAGUGGUAUGGGGAGUAUUGGUGAAAAUAUAGGUGGUGGUAUUAGAGGUCGUAUGGGGAGUGAUAUAGGGAGUAUUGGUGGAAACAUAGGCGGGGGUAUUGGAGGUGGUAUUGGAGGUGAAAUGGGUGGUGUCGGUAGUUUUGGUGGUGGUAUGGGUGCUAAUUUUGGUACAGGCACAGGCGGCAGUAUAAGUAAUGACAUUGCCAAAAAUGUGGAUGGUGACUUAAGUAGCAAGAUGGGUGGCGGUGUUAUGAGGGGUGGAAUGUCCAAUGAUACGGGCACCGUUGGACGGGGUAGUUCGGGUAGUUCCAACCAAGGAAUUGCUGGCAGUAGCACUGAAGUUUUACUCGGUAACAUGGCUGGAAGUGGAGCAAGUGGUGUUGGUGCGGUGAUAAAUAAAGGUAUGGCCACCAUCGAUUCCGGUACAAUUGAUAGUGAUAUGCAAAGUGGUAAGGGUGUAGGCCCAACGAGCCUAAUUGACAGUGGCAUCACAGGUGAUAUUGAAAAAGAUAUUAUCAGCGCAGGUGAUAUUGAAAAAGAUAUUAUCAGCAGUAGCAGCAGCAGCGUUGAUAGCGACACCAUCAGCGGCAAAAACGCUGGAAAAAUCAAUACUUAUCAUGAUACUAAAUUUGGAAUCGGUACCUCUGAAGAUGCUAUAUCUGAUGCUCAUAAAAGUAAAUUGAGUAGUAAAAAUGCUAACGCUAAAAUACCUGACGGUAAAAGUUGGAGUAAUGUUUAUAAAGAAAAUGCUGAUAUCAAAGCUGGAAACAGUGAGAUAGAACAAUCAGAAGAAAAAGAUAGUGAAGAUGUUUUUGGCGGUAGUAUCGAUAAACAUAUCGGUUCCGGUAUAAAAAUACAUCACGGUACCGGUAUAAAAAUACAUCAAGGUACCGGUUCAAGAAAAACCGACACCGAUGGCAAAAAACAAAUCGGUAUUAGUGACGGAUCUCAACUGAGUUCUAGAGUGUCGACAGGCGGUAUUCAUCAAGGUAUUGGAGUCGGUACUAAAGGUAAUACAAGUGUCGGUUUCGGUCGAAUCAGCAGCGGUAUUGGAGGUAAGAAGAAAAAUGCUUCUUACAGGCAUCGAAUUGAAAAAAUUUAUGUCUCGAGUUCCAAGCCAGAAUUCGACUGCAAGACGAACAACCCGUGCACCCAAGCCAAUAUAAACAAAGGCCAUCUGAUAUUUCCAGCCAGGAAUCCCGGAAAUUACGUCCGGUGCACGACUUGUGGCAAAUGUUUUUUGGAGAGUUGUGGAAAGAAUGGCGGUGAGUUUAACGCGCAGUUGAAAAAAUGCACAAAGUUCAAGGUCAAAUUAUGGAGAAAGAAAUUCCGGAAAAAAACGAACAGAUUUGGAUAG